GAUUAGAAAUAGAAAAGCUUUCUUCAACUUCUUCUAUUUUCUUCAAUGUGCAUUUGCUAGGGUUUUUGAUUGCCGCUAUCUGAAACAACAGGACUCUCAGUAACCAAUCGAACAUAAUUGUAUAUCUUCUCUGUAUCUUAUAGCGAAUAGUUUCAACGAGAGAGCAAUUUUUAGCUUAAAUGGGAAUCAAGAAAAGAAGCAGUUCUAGUUCUGUUGAGGAAGUAGAGAAUAUGUUGGAUACAGAUACUAAAAAUGUAAUAAUUUGUAAUCCUGCAAAGAAGAAAUUGAAGAAGGGUAAGGAAAAAGAUUUAGAAACAGAACAUGGGGAUUCUCCAGCUGGUGCAAGCCCCUCUGCUGUUCCUAGUAUGAAACUUAUCAUGCAAAAAAGAAAAGAAAGGAGAGAAAUGGAUAAAGAAAGGCGCCGCCUUGCUUUAGAAAAUGAGGAAUCAAAACCUAAAUUAAUGGAAGUAGAUAAGAAAGUUAAUGAAACUGCGUUGCAGACUGUUGCCUCAUCCAGAAGUGGUUUGCCUGAGUUCCAUAUUGAUGUUUUUAAGGACUUAGCCUCCACAGAUGUUUCUGUAAGAGAAGCUGCUGUUGAAAGAUUGGUGAAAGAGUUGAUAGAAGUUCAAAAGGCAUAUGAAAUGGUUGAAAACAAGGAAUUGAUUGAAGGUGGGUUGAAGUUGGAAGCUGAAAAAGACGAUGGGUUGAAUAAUUGUGCGCCUUCUGUUAGAUAUGCUGUGCGUAGGCUUAUACGCGGAGCUUCAUCAUCAAGGGAGUGUGCAAGACAGGGGUUUGCAUUAGGUUUGACUAUGGUGGUUGGUACAAUUCCUAGCAUCAAAGUGGACUCAUUACUUAAACUAAUAGUUGACACUUUAGAAGUUUCUUCAUCAAUGAAGGGUCAGGAAGUAAGGGAUUGUCUGUUAGGUCGGUUAUUUGCAUACGGUGCUAUUGCUCGAUCAGGAAGACUGAGUAAACAGUGGAUGUCUGAUCAAAGGACUCCAUUCAUCAAGGAAUUCAUCAGUGAUCUGCUCUCCCUCGCAUCGAAAAAGCGAUAUUUGCAGGAGCCUGCUGUUUCUAUUAUUUUAGAUCUGGUUGAAAAGUUGCCAACUGAGGCUGUAUUGAAUCAUGUACUUGAGACUCCUAGUCUUCGUGAGUGGUUUGAUGGAGCCAAAGUUAUUGGAAAUCCUGACUCUCUGCUUUUAGCCUUGAAAAUUCGGGAGAAAAUUUCUGUUGAUAGCAUGGCAUUUGGAACUAUUCUGCCAUAUCCAUUUAGCCCUAGCAGACUUUUUUCCUCUGACCACUUGUCCUCACUUGUUAACAGGUUCAAGGAAUCAACAUUCUGUCAACCUCGAGUUCACAGCUUGUGGCCUUGCCUGGUAAAUAUUCUUUUACCUGACACAGUUCUGCAAGCUGAAGAUAUGUUAUCAGCUUCUAAUUCUCUUAAGAAGCAUAAAAGAAGUCGCAAGCCUAGCCCUUCUGAAGAAGAAACUGCAAAGAGUGUCCAGAAUUUUUGUGAGAUUGUCUUUGAGGGAUCACUUCUUCUGUCGUCUCAUGAUCGGAAGCACCUGGCAUUUGAUAUUCUGCUUCUCCUCCUUCCUAGGCUACCUGCAACCUUUGUUCCAGUUGUACUAUCUUACAAACUUGUCCAGUGUGUAAUGGAUAUACUUUCGACUAAAGACUCUUGGCUGUAUAAAGUUGCUCAGCAUUUUCUUAAAGAAUUGUCAGAUUGGGUUGGAAAUGAUGAUGUCAGAAGGGUUGCUGUUAUAGUGGCUUUACAAAAGCAUAGCAAUGGAAAAUUUGAUAACGUAACAAGAACAAAAACAGUUAAAGCUUUGAUGGCAGAGUUCAAAACAGAGGAAGGCUACAUGUUGUUUAUUCAAAAUUUAAUGAACAUGUUUGUGGAUGAAGGUCACACUCCAGAGGAACCUUCAGAUCAGAGCCAGACAACUGAUGACAAUUCAGAGAUAGGUUCAGUAGAGGAUAAGGAUUCAGGUGGUGCAAUGGGAAAUUCUGAUUUUUUGAAAAUUUGGGUGGUGGAGUCCCUUCCAAGUAUUUUGAAAUAUCUGAAACUGGAUCCUGAAGCUAAGUUUCGGGUGCAGAAGGAAAUUUUGAAGUUUCUGGCGGUGCAGGGCCUGUUCUCUGCAUCACUCGGAUCUGAAAUUACGUCCUUUGAAUUGCAGGAGAAAUUUAGGUGGCCAAAAGCAGCUUCAUCAAGUGCUAUUUGCAGGAUGUGUAUUGAGCAGAUCCAGCUUUUGCUGGCAAGUGCUCAGAAGACAGAGGGGUCACGUUCUUUGACAAAUGGUCUUGAGCCUAAUGAUCUUGGAUCUUACUUUGUGCGAUACCUUAGCACGUUACGCAAUAUUCCUUCAGUUUCUCUAUUUCGACCUCUGAGUAACGAGGAUGAAAAGGCAUUUGAAAAAUUGCAAGAAAUGGAAACUAGGCUUUCUAGAGAGGAAAGGAAUUCUGGGCCUAGUGCAGAUGCAAAUAGAUUGCAUGCACUGAGGUACUUACUGAUCCAGUUGCUGCUUCAAGUGCUCCUUCGACCAGGAGAAUUUUCAGAAGCCGUUUCUGAACUUAUUAUCUGUUGCAAGAAAGCUUUUGCAGCUUCUGAUCUCCUUGAUUCCUCAGGAGAAGAUGAAAUGGAUGGUGAUGAAAUUCCUGAGUUAAUGGAUGUUCUUGUAGAUACAUUGCUUUCAUUAUUGCCACAGUCAUCGGCUCCUAUGCGAUCUGCUAUUGAACAGGUUUUCAAGUAUUUCUGUGAUGAUGUGACAAAUGAUGGACUGCUUCGGAUGUUGCGUGUUAUAAAGAAAGAUUUGAAACCAGCUAGACAUCAGGAAGCAGAUAGUGAAGAUGAUGAUGAAGAUUUUCUUGGUAUUGAAGAAGAUGAAGAAAUCGACGAAGCUGAGACAGGUGAAACAGGUGAAGUUGAAGAGCAGACAGAUGACUCUGAAGCGAUAGUUGAAGCUGAGGAAACUGAAGAAGCUGUCAAAGACUCAGCUGAAAAUUCUGAUGAUUCUGAUGGAGGAAUGGAUGACGAUGCAAUGUUCCGAAUGGAUACUUAUCUUGCACAGAUUUUCAAAGAGAAAAAGAAUCAAGCCGGGGGUGAAACUGCUCAGUCCCAGCUUGUCCUGUUCAAACUUCGUGUCCUUUCACUGCUGGAGAUUUACCUGCAUGAAAAUCCAGGUAAUCCUGAAGUUCUGACUGUGUACUCAAACUUGGCUCGUGCACUUGUAAAUCCGCAUACUACAGAAAUCAGCGAGCAACUUGGACAGCGCAUAUGGGGAAUCUUGCAAAAGAAAAUAUUCAAAGCAAAGGACUUUCCUAAGAGUGAAUCCAUCCAACUAUCCACACUUGAUUCUUUGCUGGAAAAGAACUUGAAGUUGGCAUCAAGACCAUUCAAGAAGAAGAAGUCUGCAGCUCCAUCAAAGAAGAAGCAGUUAGCGUCUUGGAAGCGCCAUAAAAUGAUUGUUUCCCUUGCUCAGAAUUCUACAUUUUGGAUUCUGAAAAUCAUUGAUGCAAGAAAUUUUUCUGACUCUGAACUGCAGAGAGUUAUUGAUAUUUUUAAAGGGGUAUUGGUGGAAUAUUUUGACAGUAAGAAGUCUCAAAUAAAAUCUGAGUUUUUGAAAGAAAUAAUUCGGAGGCGACUAUGGAUAGGGCACCAUCUCUUUGGCUUCCUUUUGGAGAAAUGUGGCGGUGCAAAGUCAGAGUUUCGACGAGUUGAUGCGCUUGAUCUAGUGAUGGAAAUAUUAAAGUCAAUGGUUUCUUCUGGUACAGAUGAAAGCAGUCACAAUGAAUCAAAGAAAAUUUUGAAAAGCCAUUUGCAAAAGCUCAGUCAUCUGGUAAAGGAAUUGGUGAUGAAUAUGCCAGAGAACAAGUCAAGGCGGGCUGAGGUGCGGAAAUUUUGUGGCAAGCUCUUCCAGAUCGUGUCAUCCCAUGACAUCACCAAGUCUUUUCUUAAAGAUCUUACUCCUGAGACCCAAGCUGCUUGUGAAUCUCAACUUGGUGAACUAUUUCUCAAUUUGAAGAAGGUUAAUUGAUGACAAUAAGAAUCAUUGUCCUCCAUAAUACAAUAUGAUGCCUGCCCUGUACUUCAAACAUGAAACAGUUAUGGAGAAGAUAAAACCACCAACUUACUAUUGGUAUGAUUAUUUGAAUCUUGUCCCAGCUGCUUCCUUUAUCAUAGUUUUAUGUAUUUCAUUUAUUUUUGAAAAUAUGCAGCAAGUUUUGAUACAUGAAUUGCAGUAUAUGAUUAGUUAAGACCAUGAACAUACGAUUUCUUCAAUUCUGAGUUUGCUCCGUUUUACCUCAGAGAUUAAAAAACUCUGGCAUUUUUAAUUUCC